GAAUUGUCAAAAAAUUAAUUGAGUCACUAGUCCUUUCAAAAUACUUUUUUUUUUAAUUUUCUCUACAAAAAUUUAAUAAAUCAAAUACCAGUAGCUUUCAUCCCGCGCAAUUUUGAAUUUUCGGCUUAAAUUUUCACAAAAUUUUUGGUUUUGUUUUGCAAAGACUGGAUUCUAAAUUUAUAUGAGAAAUUUUGAUUGGUUGGCUUUUUUCUAACGGUGGAGCCUAACAUUUGUGCUAAAGCUUGUAUAUUACGAUGGAAUGUGAAACUCGCGAGGAAUUUUUCGUGCUCCCCCUAGCGGAAAACACAGCAAUUGAGGUUUGCUGAAGUUUGUAACGUUUAGUGCCUCUUCGUCGUCUUUUCUUCGUUUUAGAAGUCCAAAAAAUGCACAGAAUCUGACUCAGAUCACCCCCCAAGUGUCUGUUCCAACUUUUAUGUUCAAUCAUAAAAGAUUCGGAUCACAUGUGCCGUGCGUAAACCAUCGACAACCGUCUAAAUGGGUUCGUUACAACAACCCAACCGUUUCCGCCCUUUCAACCAAACCACUCCUCAAAGCGCCUUUCCUCAAAGCUUGAGUGGUAGUGAGACUGAUAUUUCCACCUCAAAUGAGAACCUCUCGAACGAAGAAAAGUACGUGAUUCGUCACACCGCCCGUCAGGAGCCCCAAGGCCAGGAAAACCAGCAAGCCUCAAAUCGCAGUUCCCUGCGAGACAGCCUCCCCUCAAACCGCAGUUCACUGGAUGUCUCCUCCUCCUCCUACAACACUCUCAUCAUACACAGUGCGGGGGAUGAGCCCUGGACAGGUAACGCCUCUCACGUGACCAUUUCCCCUCACAUCGCCAUUACAGGUCGCAACUCCGGGGUGAGGGACGGCGACGCCUACCACCCCCACCAAUCCUCGAAUUUGUACGAUCCCAAACUCUCGCCCAAUCAGAAGCGAAGCUCGGCUUCACCUCGCACGAGCUUCGACGGAAACACUCGAAUCUAUGAUACUGGGGUCCAGGAAAUCACCGAAAUCCCCGACGAUUACCUCAGCCAAUCGUCGGUCCUCAAACAUUUAGCCAAAGAAGUCAAAGUUCCCUCGCCCUUCGACAAUCCGCCCCCUGAAUACCCCAAGUGGGCCGACAAAUCCCCAUUACAAGCGGUGGUGCAUCGAAAUAACAUCAAUAAUGAAAAAUUGACACUCUCGAAAUCCCAACCCGACUUGUCCAAAGUGGGCGUUCCUAAAGGGGCGUCCGAUUUCGAUGGUUUCCGACGGGGCGUGUCGGCGCCGAGACCACCCACAAAAGGGAGGGAGGAGUCGGAAACAGGGGGCGGGGAAUUGUGGCCCUCAGCCGAAAUGGUCGAAAUACUCAUCAAGGAGAACAGUGCCUUGAAAAUCGAAUUGGAAAAUUGCUACAAAAGGGUUGCAAAGACACAAAAGCUUGAGCAAGAAAUUCUCAAAGUGCACAAGGCACAGGAAGAGCUAGUCCAGUCAUGUGAACGCAAAGAACGCCUCGAAAAAGCCGCUAGAGGGCGCUUGCAGAAUGACAAUCGGAGAUUACAAGAGUUGAAUCGGGCCUUACGUGAGCAAGUUGAUUUGUUAUCAACCCAAAUGAUGUCAAGGUCACCAGCCCCCGACUCAGGUUCACCCGAUUGUCUCCGAAGAGAGUUAAGCAAAAGGGAGGUGUUGAUAGCUCAGUUGAUUCAACAGAACAAAGAACAUGUCGCUGCGAAAGAACGACAAGAAAUCGAGUUGGCCGCGCAACGAGUCACUCUGCAGGAACAAAGGACCCAUAUCGAUAUUCUAGAUACCGCACUUACCAACGCUCAGGCUAAUGUCGUCCGUUUGGAGGAAGAAUGCCGCAAGAAGCAAGUGUACGUCGAACGCGUGGUUCAACUGCAGAGGGCGCUGUCGUCGCUCCAACUCGCGAGUGAUCGUCGCGAGCAAACCGAACGCAAAUUGCGUUUACAGCUCGAGCGCGAGUUACAGCGCACGAAGUUGGCGCAAGGGGAGGGUGGUAAGAGUGGAUGGGAUUCCCCGAAUGGUUCCGGUAACGAAUCACCGUCUGAAUUAAAACGGCGCCUGCGCGAGAAAGACGAAAAGAUUAUGCAAUUGGAGGGGGAUUGUACUAAGUGGGAGCAGAGGUAUUUAGAGGAGAGUGCGUUGAGACAAGCAGCAAUCGAUGCGGCGAGCAUCCCCAAGGAUGCAAAGAUUGCCGCCCUGGAGAAGACGAGUCAAGAGACGGAAAAAAUCAUCGCCGAGGCCAGAAAUGAGAAAAUUCGACACAUGGAUGAAGUCCAUGCGGCCCAAAAGAAGGUUGCUGAUUUGGAAUCACGAGUGAAAGAUCUCGAAUCGAAGUUGGCCGAACGCGACGCCAUGAUUAAAGUAUUGCAGAAACAUACGUAUGAUAAGGACGUAUCGAGUAUGCUGGGGCGGUCCCCCCACCAUACGCCCCACCCCAGUCUGGGCGGAGCUGAUAUCGAUCACGUGUUGGGAACGGCAGUGUCAAGGGAGGAGUUAGUCAGUAGCGUCUUGACAAGUUCCACCGGUUUCGGUUCGGGAAAUUCCUACGCCGGGAGUGAUUCUUCCUACCACAUGCCUUCCUAUACCAAAUACGAAAAUAAAAGUUUCGAUUCGACGAAACAAAGUUUGGAUAAUCAACUAAAAGAAAUCGAUAGUCAACUCGAUUCGCAACUGUUGAGCAAGCGGGGUCUUUGCUGUUUUCCAGGAUUCACUAAUCCAGUCACUGCGCAGAGAAAAGGAAAAAUACCCAAGCCACUAUUGGCGGGUGUGACCGGCGGCGGCGCUGGGGGCGGAGUUGCGAUGUACGAGCCGGGCGCGAUGCUCCUAUUGGAGAAACAAGGCCGUGCCUCCCAGCAGCAACGCAUGCAAGACACUGCCGAUUCCUCUCCGCGUUGCCCCGCCCCCAGCUCGCUGCCGCGUCCCCCUCGCCCUUCCCACCGCAGUGGUCUGCCGCGCCGUCUCGGCGACUACAAUAGGCUAGCCGAAGGCGAGACUCCGCCCCGAAAGAAGUCAGACGGUGGAGAUUCGCUCAGUUCCAAUGCUAGUAGUCGGAGGGCGUCACCGGCGCGGUCGUUAAUCCCGCCCCGAAAACUGGGCGAGUACGGGAGGCUGUCGGAGAGCGGCGGUUCGAGCGCUUCGCUCCGCAAACCGACCAAUCAGAGAUCAAGAAGCGGCGGUGAAAGAGACUCCGCCUCUACACUAAGCGAUAACUCGGCCAGUUCCUUGCCAACGCCCUCAAAAGUCAGGCUUUUCGGAGGCGGAGCGAUGAGAAGAGGCGGGUCAUUAGGGCGGGACAGCAAGAGCUCCACCGAUUCGACAACGAGCAAGUAUCGUAUACAGUUUUAAGUUAGAAGCGGCUUCCGCUAUCAUGUGCCUGAUUUAAACCGGCCGAAAAUUUCGUUUUGGCUGGAAUAAUACAGGGUGUUUUGUAAACAGAGUAAAAACGGAAAACGACAAGUAAAAUGAGAUACCAGGAUCAUGGAAAAAAUGUUAAAAAAAAUCUAUCUAUAAAAAUUUCGAAGUUAUGAGAGUUUAAAUUUUGUAAUUUAACGUUAUUUGUAGCUUUUAUUUACAAAGUUUUUGUACGAUUAUUGAAUAAUUA